AUGGUAAAGAUAGAACACAGGAGAGAACGUGCAAGCAGAGAAAAGAUAGGUCAAGGUUUUGAGAAUGUGCAUAUGCUUUAAAUAGAUCCACAGAAAGCCCACGGGGCUUUACGCAAAAUCACGGAUCAGCAUACCUGCACACUUUUUGUGCACGUUGUUUUUCUAAAGGAUCAACAAUAUCUGCUGCAGAUGAUCUAACGCUACAGGAAGCCUGAAAACAACAAUGCACAAGCAGUGAGCGCCUAUCUGGAUGAAAGCAGAUCAGUAGUAAGGUUUAACCAGUCCCGUCACUUCCUAUUUGACGUGUGCAUGUUUGGACUGUCAGCAGGAGAACUAUUUUAAAAACGGCGGACUGUUUUUAAUGCCCUUCACGCGAAUGCAUGGAUCAAAACAGUCGGCCUAGCUUUUCCUGUUUUAUUUAGUCGGCUGAACUGGUAGCCUGCUGCUUGGGGGAAAUAGCUUUGCACCCUCCGACAGAUAUCUCGACCUGAGCCGGGGAUGUGCGUGGGCUAAAGCCACUGAACACUGAUGGCAGCCGAUUCGAGCUAAAAUUCCCGCGCCCAAGAACUUCUUAAACUGCUUCAAAGAGUUCUCAUCAAAAAAUCCUCCACGUGCAGCAAUGACAGCUUUGCAGAUCCUUGACAUUCUAGCUGUCAGUUUGUCCAGAUACUCAGGUCUGAGAAAUGAGCUCGGCUCCUUCCCUUUGACGCACUCGAGCUAAGGGCCAUCCUGGUGGAUUUGCCACUGACCCAGCGGAGCGUUUGCAGCCCAGCCCCGCUCCACGGCCAACAUGCUGAUCAAAGAGUACCGCAUCCCCAUGCCCAUGAGCGUGGAGGAGUACCGCAUCGCUCAGCUCUACAUGAUUCAGAAAAAGAGUCGUGAAGAGAGCGAAGGCGAGGGCAGCGGGGUGGAAAUCCUGGAGAACCGACCCUAUACUGACGGGCCAGGUGGCUCUGGUCAGUACACACAUAAGGUAUACCACAUCGGCCAACACAUUCCCAGCUGGUUCCGUUCCAUCUUGCCGAAAGCUGCUCUUCGUGUGGAGGAGGAAUCCUGGAACGCCUACCCAUACACCCGCACACGCUACACAUGUCCCUUUGUCGAAAAGUUUUCCAUCGAUAUUGAGACGUUCUACAAGCCGGACACGGGUACCUAUAAUGACGUCUUCAACAUGUCCUCUAACGAGAAGAGACAACGUGACAUAGAUCCCAUUGACAUUGUGAAAGAUUUCAUUGCCCCUCAUGAGUACCUGGCCGAGGAGGACCCUAAACUCUACAAGUCGGCGAAAACCCAACGUGGCCCCCUGUCCGACGACUGGAUCACGGAAAUCAACAACAACCCAGGCACAAUGCCCGUCAUGUGUGCUUACAAGUUGUGCAAAGUGGAGUUCCGUUACUGGGGCAUGCAGUCUAAGAUUGAACGCUUCAUUCACGACGUGGGGUUGAGGAAGGUGAUGGUCCGUGCUCAUCGGCAGGCGUGGUGCUGGCAGGACGAGUGGUACGGUCUUACCAUGGAGGACAUCCGGCAACUGGAGCUAGAGACCCAGCUGGCCCUUGCGCAGAAGAUGGCGCAGUACAGCUGCAAUGAAGAGGGCGGUGAGAACAACGGCUCAGUUACUGGCCCUGAGAAAGAGCUCGAAACCAAAGAGGCCAACAGUUCCAUCGAAGCAGAUGGUACAGCGAGGAGCAUUGGAGACACUCUACAGGCGCGAGGAGAGCUGACCAAGCAAUGGUCCACCUCCUCAAGAUCUUCACGCUCCUCCAAGAGGGGUGGAAGCCCUUCUCGCCACAGUAUUUCUGAAUGGCGCAUGCAGAGCAUCGCCAGAGACUCUGAGGACAGCACAGAUGACGAGUUCUUUGAUGCUCAUGAGGACUUUUCUGACAACGAGGAGAUCUUUGCCAAGGAGAUCACCAAAUGGAGCUCCAAUGACCUGAUGGAUAAAAUUGAGACAGCGGAGGCAGAAGAAGCUCAGGGUGACUUGUAUCAAGAAUCUGGGGUGGAGUUUUCUGGGACAGCCAGCGGGGAAUGCCUCAAUGAGUUAUUUUCUCAGGACUCCUCGUCACAGCAGUGUUUACAACCCUCCAAAAUCCACGUCCUCCUCCUGGUCCUGCAUGGCGGAAACAUCUUAGACACGGGCAGUGGAGACCAGAACAGCAAGCAGUGUGAUGUCAACACCAUUAGCAGUGCAUUUGAUGCUGUGAUGAGGGUUCAUUAUCCAGCUGCUUUGGGCCGCAUUGCCAUACGUCUGGUGCCGUGUCCGGCGGUGUGUGUGGAGGCUUUCUCUCUAGUGUCAAAUUUGAGUCCUUACAGCUAUGAUGAAGGCUGUCUGUCCAACAGUCAGGAUCACAUCCCUCUGGCCGCCCUGCCCCUAUUGGCCACCUCUGCGCCACAGUACCAGGACGCCGUGGCAACGGUCAUAGUGCGAGCCAAUCAGGUCUACAGUGACUUCAUCAAAUCCCUGGAGGGGGCCACUUUCACAGGCCAAGUGUGUCUGAUUGGUGACUGUGUUGGAGGAAUUCUAGGAUUUGAUGCUCUCUGCAGUAGUAACAUUACAGUAUCAGAGAGUCAGAACAGCAGCCGACGGGGCAGUAUAGUCAGCGUACAGGACAAUGACCUGUUGUCACCAGGAAUCAUAAUAAACAGCACUCACUGUUCGGGGUCAGGAUCGGGGUCAGGGUUGUCUCUGGAGGGUAGUCGCCAUCUCAGUCGCAGUAAUAUAGACAUUCCACGCUGCAGCGGCCCAGACGACCCCAAAAAACAGCUGCCACGGAAACGUAGCGACUCUUCGACCUAUGAGCUGGAUACCAUUAAACAGCACCAGGCCUUCCUGUCCAGUCUACACUCCACUGUUUUGCGGAACGAUCCGGGUUCGCGACGAUCCAGCAGCAGUACCAUGCUGGAGGGAGGCGGCCCUCUGGGCAAGUUUGACUUUGAAGUGUCUGACUUCUUCCUCUUUGGCUCUCCACUGGGUCUGGUCCUUGCGCUGAGGAAGACUGUGGUCCCUUCUUUAGAUGUGGCUCAUCUCCAUCCAGCGUGCCAGCAGGUGUAUAACUUGUUUCACCCCGCGGACCCCUCCGCCUCACGUCUGGAGCCCCUGCUGGAGAAGCGUUUUCACCUGCUGCCUCCGUUCAGCGUGCCCCGCUACCAGCGCUUCCCUCUUGGGGAUGGCCAAUCGGCCCUGCUUGUGGAAACCAUCCAGAAUUCCCCUCACCUCCUGUUGGAGAGUGGGAGCUGUGCUGCCCAGCGCUGUCAGGAUGGCAUCAGCGAGACUUCCAUUCCCGUCCCUGUGCUCAACUGGCAGGCCAUGCAGGCCCCCGCUGAGUCGGACGUGAUGCACUCUCACGGCCUUAUGUUUUCGGAACACUCCAAUCCUUCGUCUCCGGCUUCGGCUCCAGCCUUCCGCGGGACUCGGAGAGCCAGUGAGACCAGCAUCGCCAGCCAGGUGUCUGGGUUAGUGGACAGUUACACCGCCUCCAACAUUGCCAACAAAUGGCAAUUUAGUCUCUCCAAAAAGCUUAGUCUUUUGUCCCAAUUGGCCCUCCCCUAUAAUAAAAGCGGUUCCCAAAGCCCCUCCCCCAAAUCCUGCAGCAAAGUGCAAAAUAGGCGGCAGGUAGAAUCACAGGAUUGCAGCUGUUUGGAUGAUUCAGAGCAGAGCAUCUUUCUAGGCUUUGAGCCCUCCCCCUCGCUCGGCUCAGGUCCGCCAUCGCCAUGUGUCCUGCCGUACAUCAAGCAAGUCGCGGCGCGUUGGUGGGGCACUAAGCGUAUUGAUUUUGCGCUAUAUUGUCCUGAUGCCCUAACUGCUUUCCCUACCGUGGCUCUACCUCACCUGUUCCACGCCUCCUAUUGGGAAUCAACCGACGUUGUUUCUUUCCUGCUACGACAGGUCAUGAGGCAUGAGAACUCGAGUAUUUUGGAACUCGAUGGGAAGGAGGUGACAGAAUUCACUCCGUCCAAACCGCGGGAGAAGUGGAUGAGGAAGAGGACCCAUGUGAAGAUCAGGAACGUUACGGCAAACCAUCGCGUGAAUGAUGCAGUGUUUACGGAGGACGGCUCUCAGGUGGUCACAGGUCGCUUCAUGUAUGGACCCCUGGAUAUGGUCACACUGACAGGAGAAAAGGUCGACAUCCAUAUCAUGACACAGCCACCGUCUGGUGAAUGGGUGUACUUUGACACUGAACUGACCAAUAGCAGCGGCCGAAUCUCCUAUGUGAUUCCUGAGAGUAAACGGUUGGGAAUUGGAGUGUAUCCUGUCAAAAUGGUGGUCAGGGGUGACCACACAUCUGCGGACAGUUACCUGACCGUGUUGCCUCGUGGCACUGAGUUUGUCGUGUUCAGCAUCGAUGGCUCUUUUGCCGCCAGCGUGUCCAUCAUGGGUAGCGACCCUAAAGUGCGGGCAGGAGCGGUUGACGUGGUCAGGCACUGGCAGGACCUGGGCUACCUGAUCGUGUAUGUGACGGGACGUCCAGACAUGCAGAAGCAGCGUGUUGUGGCCUGGCUUUCACAGCACAACUUCCCUCACGGAAUCGUGUCCUUCUGUGACGGCCUGGUACACGACCCGCUCCGACACAAAGCCAACUUUCUCAAGUGUCUCAUCACAGAGGCACAUAUGAAGAUCUUUGCUGCUUAUGGUUCUACUAAAGACAUCUCAGUGUACACGUCACUGGGCCUGACUCCAUCACAGAUCUACAUUGUGGGGAGACCAACCAAAAAGAUGCAACAUCAGUGUCAGUUCAUUGCCGAUGGCUAUGCAACACACCUGUCCCAGCUGGAGUACAAUCAGAGGUCGAGACCCGCUAAGACCGCCAGUGCUCGUAUGGUCCUGCGGAAAGGCAGUUUCGGGUUGGGCGGCAGCGGCGAAUUCCUGCGGAAGCGCAAUCACCUGCUGCGCACCAUCUCUUCGCAACCCACCUCCACUACGCCGGUUGUGCAGGUGGGCCGUCCCGAACGUGCGCAGAGCCAAUCAGAAUGCGACCGAGAGCGGGCGGAGCGUGCACAAAGAAGCAUGAGCAUCGCGGCAGGCUGCUGGGGCCGGACCAGCAAAUUUGAGGGUGGAGCUUUGAGCCCUAAAUAGGCUCCACCCACCAGGUCCAAGUUCUAGGGAAAUGAAAGGCACUCCAUACGGCACAGAGACAUGAACGUGGCCUGCAUGAUUAGGAGAUGGACCCAGUAAUGUUGGGACUUAACCGCACCACCCCAUUACUAUUGUUGCAUGAGAGUCAUUUGGGAAAACAAGAUUUUUUUGUUCGUUUUUUAGUCUGGCAGCCAAACACUUUCACAACAUGAAAUCUAGCGCCUUAAGCAUCACUCUGGGUCGUGACCCUCACCUCUGACUUGAUUGAAUGUACUGUUUGAAAGGGAGACAAAUCGUUGGGUGGGUAUGGACUCUUCCCCUUCCCCCGUCAUCAAGGAGCAUCCAGGAAGCUAUCCUCAACUUCCCAUUUGGUGUCCACAGAGUGUCCUACAGCUGUAAAUACGUGCCUCCUCUUACCUGCUCAGGGCAGACAUGAGCUUGAGGAGUUUAGAAGACCCAAAGGCCAUUUCACGUCCCACUUGCUUUAACGGUUGACUCAUUUUCGCCCUCUUUCUCACAGAUUAGUCAUCUGAUCUUGGCGACAUCUUGGUCAAAACCCAGCAGCAUUUGGCAAUAAGGAUCGAACCCCAUCACACUUGGUCUGCAGGUCAUUAGAGGCCUUAACUUUGUAUUCAGAGCACGAAUGGAAAGCCGUCUCACUAUUAAGUCCUCAAAAGGGGCAACUAUCCCUUUACAAGGCCAUCUGCUUGCAAUACCUCUGAGGGCACCACUAGAGGACUUCUCAAACCUGAUGCUCUCGACAUUUGCUGCUGGGUCACGUUCCACAUUUCUUUAUUUCUGAGCCACCAAACAACAAUUGUAAGCACACAUGCAAUUUCAUGCCACAUUUGAUUUGCUGUAAAAACGGUCCCGCUGCUUCUUUUGACUUGGAGAAAAUCUUGCAACCCUCCACGAGGACAGGCUGCGCAACUUGCUGUAUUUGAGCGGUCUUACGAAAAGCUGAUAUGACGAAGGACAAUUUCUAUGCCAAACAGGGCUAGAUUUCUCUGUCAGGAUUAGAGACCGAUUUCGCUCAUUCUCAACCGUUUCCUCUUGAACCACUUUGCACUCAUCUCCGUGUGAUCAGGAAGUGAUUGGAAUGGAUCGCUUGCUCGAUACCGCCGAUGGCCAAAACUAAUUCAUGUUAAAAGCUGUAGUUCUGCAUCUGCAUAAUCUCAUUGUUAUUUUGCACUAGUGGAAUAGUGGAGGUCCUUGUUACCAUCUCAUGUCGCUACAUAACGUUUUCGUGUAGUACAUGACCCUUAUUAUUUAUGGCAGGGUAUUUGUGCGCAAAUGCACGAUUAUAUAUUUCUCCAGUAAAUAGGAAACAAAAUAACGCAAGAAAUGUGCCAAAACCAGGCAGAUCGUUGGAACCCAAACACAUCCAAGGCUGUUUCCGAUGUAUUGUAGCAAUGUUUCCGGAGCGUUUGAGCGGUUUCGAUGGCACAUGUAUAAUGUUUUUACGAUUUUAGAUCAUUUUAGAUCAACUUCAAUCCUUUAAAGUUCAGUAAUCGAUGAUAUUGUCCAUAUGUUCAUAUGUAAGUUAUUGAGGUAUAUAGAAAUUGUGCUUUUAAUUUUACGAUUUUGGAUCAGAGCAUGACAAAUUCAGUCAGGUGGAGUCGUGAACCAUACGCGGUUUGUUUAUAUAUCAUGUUAUGAACACACUGGAAUAGCCAUGCUGCAUGUGCGGACAUUUGUGCUAAGGAUUUCAAAUCUAGCUGUAUAUUAGAUUGUUUCAACUGGGAUGUUUCGAACACAGCCGUUAGUUUUCGGCCCCAGUUUUCGCAGUUCAUCUGGAGUGGAUGUUAUGAUCUGUGGUCUGAAUGGGACGUAAAACAGUGUAGAUACUGUAAAGAUACUGUAAAGAAAUUUCACUAUAUAGGAUGUGUUAAGGUCAGAAUUUAUUUAUUUCUAUAGCUCCAUAAGAUUAUGGUUAUUUCAGGUUUGACUGUAUUUCAUGUAUUGCUUUUAUUUUUGUCCAACAGUUCUGAAAAGCUUAUUUUAAGGACCAAUGACGUGUCUCCUCGUGCAUAAUCGUUGACAGUGUUUCCGUAGCAAAAUUCUAGAGGAUGCCACUGCACCGCACGGACAAUCAAAUCUGUUCAGCAAACAAACAACACCUUGCGAACAAAACCGUCAAGGAGCACACAUGUGCACAAACACGCGCUCAAUUUCUUAUUCUACAGACAUUCAAAGACCACUCGUACUCUGGAAAAUGGUUAAUCGCAUCGACACAACAGAGUCAAAAUUUCCACAUGAUGUGAAUUGGUUUGAGAAGGGUUCAUUAAUGUGGUUACCUUUCUUAUAAAUUACCUCCAAACUACUGGGUUUUAAUUGGUGCUGUACAAUUUUUGUUGUUGCCACAAAAAAGUUGCUUUUAAAUUUCCAUUAGGACUGGCAUUGCUAGCCUUCAUAGGUAAUAUUAAGAAGUUUUAUUGCAUCUAGUUGGUACUACACAUCAGGGGCUCUCCAUAGAAAUGAUCUGAAAUGUUACUGACAUGACAAAUCUGAAAAUUGCAUGAGUGAAAUCUAGGUCAUCUUUGUUGGUUGUUGGUUUAUUAUGUCAAAGAUAUAACGAUUUGAAUGUUAACAACUAAACAAAUUCCCAGUCUGGAAAUUGCUGAUUUCCAUCAUAGUACUAUUCCACUUUCACUCACGUCUGAACUGACUUACUUCUACAACCUGUUACAGUUUUUUAACUGGCUGGUUUUCAAAUCCAGCUGUUUUUCAGGAAUGCUGGGCAAGUUGAUAUGCGCCAUCCGAUAUUAAUUUAAUUCCGAUUCCAAGAUUAAAACAUCGCAGGGAGUCAUAUGCGGUCUCACUUGUAGGCCAAUUAUACGAGUAUUAUAUCCGCAGAUAAAACAGAUUAUAGCCACUUUUGUACUUUGCAUGUCACGGGAAAGCUUUCGUACAGAUUCCUGUAUUAUUCAGUAAUAAGCCCAAUACAUACCUCCAAUUUAUAAUUACAAAUAUGCUGUCGUCUAUAUAGAACAUCAUAUCAAAUGUUACUACCAAGUAUUUCAAUUAUCUUAAAAACAGGCACAUUUUAAAGGAAUGUUUCGGGUUCAAUACAAGUUAAGCUCAAUCGACAGCAUUUGUGGCAUAAUAUUGAAUACCACAAAAGUUUAUUUCGACUUUUCCCUCUUUUUCUUUAAAAAUAAGCAAAAAUCUUUCUUACAAUGAGGCACUUACAUUGGAAGUCAGUGGGGCAAUUCGGAAAUGUAAAAAUACUGUUCCUAAAUAAAGCCACAAUAUGCAUGUUAACAUGAUUUUAGUAUGAUAUAAUGGACCCACUUUAUAUUAGGUGCCCUUAACUACUAUGUACUUAACCAUUUGAUACAAUGUACUUAUUAUGUACAAACAUGUUGUUGCAUUGCAAUUACAUUUAAAGUACUUGCAUUAAAAUACAUUUGUAGUUACAAUGUUAACUUUACCCCUAACCCAACCCUUACCCCAAAACCUACCCAUACCUCAACCUCAGUAGCAGCAAAUGUGGGCAUUUUGCAGAACAACAUGUAGUUACACUGUAAAUACAUAGUCUUGUAUGUAUUUAAUGUUAGUACAUAGUAGUUAAGGCCACCUAAUAUAAAGUGUGACCGAUGUAAUCACUUACUAACCUUUUCUGUGUAGCUAUAUCCAAUUUUACAUCUUUGUUGCCAUGAUGACGUUACACCGUAAACCCUAAAACAACCGUAAAAAGGACCAUUUAUGCUGUCGAUUGGGCUUAACUUGUAUUGAAAUCAAAUUGUGAGAAAUUUAACUAUCUGCAUAAAAUGUAAGUGCAAAGAGCAGAAAUGCUGUUAAAAAUGCAAAACAUUUACAGUGAAAAAUAAGGCUUUCCCGACACCUUUGGAUAAUGAAUGAAUUCUGCAGGUUUAUUUUACUCUGUUGAAGUACUGAUCUGGACUGAAUCCCUCCUUUACAGUUUCUUACCAGGUCGGUGGUUCAGUGCUCUCAUAUGUAUAAUCUGUAUGUACUGUGGAUUAAAUGCAGUUGGACAACUCUGCGAGUCUUUUGUGAUUUAUAAUGCAUUAUAUGUGUAAAGUGAACCAUUUCAGUUGUAAUACUUUUACAUUUUAUUAGAAUUGUAUUUUCAGUAAUGGUUUUGGAAAAAAAAUAAUGAUGGACACAUUUCAAUUUGUAUGUUACACAUACAGUAAAACCCAUUUGAAGACUUUAGGUGUGCAGAUUUAGUGAUCUUUAAACACUGACUGAACUAGCAACUAGCACUUCAUCGAAAGCUAUUUUUUUCUACUUUAUGUUGCCCAGAAAGUGCUUUGUCCGUCAUGUUAACUCGUUUAAAUGUGAUUACCUUGGUUAUCUACAGGUUAGGUGGUUUUUAAAACAUACAACUAGAAUGUAAAGAUAAACAUAAACUAACAUACAUAAGCUGUCAAUCAAUUACAAUUACAAUUUUUAAUUGAAUUACAUGAUGUGCCAAAUAAUUAAUCAAAUACCAAUAUUUACUGGGAAAAAGCCCCCAAAUAAAGGUGAAUUCGAAUAAUUAAAAUCAUUUUAAAUAUAUUAUAUUUUAAAAAGUAGCAGGAUUGACAGUUUUACAGUAUUUAGCCAUAAAUACAAAGGAAAACAAAUUUGUUGGUUUAACAUAAUUCAAUUGUAGACAUUGGUUCCACACAAUAAAAAUGAGUUUCUUCUAUAAGAAAUUAAAAUGUAGGCUAUAAAUACUUUGUGUAGCGAAAACGUAAAUGAAUGUGUUCAAAUAACUAUUGAUCUUUGCAGCUUGUUGCUAACUAGUAUAUUAAAUCUAUAUUUUCUGUACUGUAUAACAAGAAUUCUGACUUUGUUCCCUCAGUUAUUGCUUCAUGAAAACAAGCAAGACAUACUGAUUUUUCAGUAGUAAUGUACCCAACCUCGACCUAACCAUUAGCUCCACUAUCCACAAUGGUAACCUCCAAAAUAAUUUAACAUGACAGAAAAUCCUCUACAUAACAGAACAUAACAUAACAGGUAUUAAACACUAACAAGUCUCCUCUUUUCAUUUUGGGUAGAAAUACAUAAAAAUAACACUUUAUUUUAAAAUGUACUGCCCCGUGCAAAGCAUGCAGGAAAUUUGAAAUCCCCUGCCCGGUUUCAGCAAUACAUCGAUGCAACAAAUAUGAUUCACAUAGUCCCAAUACAAUUGGAUUGAGUGAACAUAGAUGGAUUGUACAAAAUGAAAUUGAGACCAAAUGCUAAAAUAUUGUGUUGCAUUAACUCAUUUUAAAUAAGUUAAUCGAGCAAGCAGUAAAAAUCACGUUGAGUGAACAACAUCCAUUAGAAGUCUGAAGCCCUUUGAACAUUUCAUAGCAAUGUGAUCAUAUCACUUUUGAUGACUGUUGAAUAUCACUUGGACUUAAUAAAGUCAGACUAAAUGUAUUAAAUUGAUUUCAAGUGUCCUGGUUUAGUAUUUUCAUUAGAGCUGGUUUCCCUUUUUUUCCAGUGUAGAUUUAUGCUCAAGGUCAUGACAAGUCAGGGAGUUUAUUAGAAAUGGAAUUUAAUGUGGAUAUGUCCACAAAUAUCCACUUUUUAAUUAUUUGUUGUUUUCUGUACAAAACCAUGAUAAUGGGGAUGACCAAUUAUGACGUCCUCUACUGACAAACCUAACAAAAUAUAAGAUAAAGUGAGACACUUGUACUUGUAGAGUUACCAUCCUAAGAGCAUAAUGUCAUUGUGUAAACAUUUUUUAAUCAUUUAUGUAAUUGCACAUGCUUUUAUUAAGGGGUAUGAUGGUAACAGGGUUUACGCAUAACACAGCAGGAAAAUGUGAACCUUUCUGUGAACCCAGCCGGUAUUUUAACCCAGUUAUAAUAUCUGGAGGAUACAAUUGAUACAUGCUAUGUCAUAAAUGUGUAUUGAAUUAAACAAAAUAGCUAUAUAAUCAAAACUAUAUAUAAAGUGUUAUUGAAUAAAGGUUUUUUAAGUGGUGUUUGCAGUAAAAAUUAUCAGGUCCAGAUCAUCCAGUUUGAACAACUUUUCCAGCUCAAGUGCAUGCUGUCAUUUUUUAAGCUAAAGCCCCACGUUACUAAAAUUCUUCAAACUUUUACUCCCAUUUGUUA